ACGAAAUAUGUCGAUGUGCGGGUCAGACGGUGUCGGGCUUCUGCGUCACUUCCCCAGCGAAGGCUGGCUUCGGGCUCGUGGACGGUGGCAGCUCUGAAGAACGCUGCAACAAUGCAGCACUCAGCCGCAUGCAACCCAGUAAAGCGCCCCGGCUCAACGGUGUUGUUCAUCUCGUACUACGGCAGCUAUGAACAACCCCCGAAAGCAGCCCGGCUCGGCUCCAUUAUAAGCCACCACGGCGCCAAAAUGAGCCACAGCGGCCGGCUGUGAUGAGCCGUGAUGGCUCAUCUCCGCUGUGGAAGUGGAUCGGACGGGAGGCGGUUUGGCCGUGAUCGCAUAUCAUCUGAAUAUGGCUCAAAACAAUAGUGUAGCAUUGCCCUGGUAAUUUCACUCGGUCGUGUGGUGUUCUCCUUUUUGAAAAGAGCUUCUGUGUCAGAAGGGGCGUGUUCCUCUCCCAUAGUUAGGGUGCACUGUGUGUUUUCAUUGGCGAAUGUCCGGAUGACGUCACGGACAGAGGAUGCAGCCAAUAUGGCGACCACAUGGAUGUCAUAGAAUGACACUUCUGCAACUUUGCGCAUGGAUGACGCGCUCUCCGCUCACAUUUAUUUUUUCAUAUAGACAUUGAAGUGAAUAAUGUUAAAUGUAUUUUUCAUUACAAUAUCUGUUUUAGAAUGUUUAUAGGGAUGAUACUUGACCUUUAGUGAAUGCGAGUUUGUGUAAAACCAGUGGUCAUUAAUUUAAAUAUUGAUAUUUGUAUUGAAUAACAUUUGAAAAAAUCGAUGGAUUUCAGCAAAGGUUAAUGCGUAGCCGAGUGCGCUUCCGUGUUCACGUGCUGACUCCCCAUUGAGAACAGAUCCAGCAACAAAGUAUUAGUAUGGGUCCAGACUUUUAUACGCUUUCAAACUCUGCUUAACAGUCCACUUUCUUAUCUGCGAAAACAUCGACUUCAGCAUUAAAUAUGGGUCCUCUAUGCCAAGUGUCUCUAAUUUUUCCACGUACCUUCGUUUAUUAUCACCUUCUAAAUGUUUAACGGUAUCGGACAAAACUCUGGGCGUCGUGGUAUAAGACAUAUUUUUAUUUCGUCUCAAUGGAUUUAGCAUUGAACAAUGCAUUGUUUGGCCAGCAAUAUGACUAGUCACAUGAUUUUGGUGACGCAGGUGCAUGAACUCUACAAACACACGAACCUGCCACUGUCACCAUCUGCAAAAGCGUGUCACUUCCUGGUUCUUCACCAACACAAAUGCCUCAAGAGAAUGUUCAUGACAUCAGUGAAGAUCUUCUGGAGCAACAGGAGUCAGAGUCUCCUCACAUCAAAGAAGAGGAAGAAGAAUUCUUGCACAUUAAAGAGGAAGAAGAAGAUAUUAUCACAGUUCUAGUGACUAGUGUCCCUGUGUUUGGUGAGGACCAAGCUGAAGGUGAAAGUGAGGAGAACAGAGGGGUGGAGCCUUCCAGCAGCAGCCACUCAAAUCAACACAUGACAACAGACGUUUACAGAGACCACUGUGGACGAUCACAAGAAGAUGGCCUCAUCGCUCCACUAUCAGAUGGUGAUGACACGUUACAUUCUCCUGACACUGAUGAUGCUGAUGAUGGUGGUAGUGGUGGUGAUUAUGAUGAUGAUGAGGAGGAAGAGGAUGAUGAUGAACAGUCUGACUGUCAUAAGAGAGGUCACAUUGACAACAAACGAUGGAAAUGUUCCCAGUGUGGAAAAACCUUUGGCUAUAAGAGUCGUUUGAAAAGUCAUAUGAUUAGCCACACUGGGGAGAAGCCUUUUGCAUGUUCAGUUUGUGGUCAAAGAUUCUCUGAAAAGGGAAACCUGAGGAGACACACAAGAACACACACUGGAGAAAAACCGUUUGCCUGCUCAAUUUGCGGUAAGAGAUUCACUCAAAAGGGUCCGUUAAUAUUUCACACAAGAACACACACUGGAGAGAAACCUUAUGUCUGCUCAUUUUGUGGACAAACAUUCUCUCAUAAGGAUUACUUAAUUCGUCACUCGAGAACACACACUGGGGAGAAACCUUUUGUCUGCUCAGUAUGUGGGCAAAGAUUCUCUGAUAAUGGUACUUUAACUAAACACACAAAAACGCACACUGGAGAGAAACCCUUUGCCUGCUCAGUUUGCGGUCAAAGAUUCUCUCAUAAAGGGAACUUGAGAAGUCACACAGGAACCCACACUGGAGAGAAACCCUUUGUUUGCUCAGUAUGCGGACAAAGAUUCUCUCGGAAACACGCUUUGACAACUCACACUAGAACACACACUGGAGAAAAGCCCUUUGCGUGCUCAGUUUGCAGCCAAAGAUUCUCUCGUAGACACAUGUUAACAACACACACUAGAACACACACUGGUGAGAAGCCAUUUGUCUGCUCAGUUUGUGGUCAAUGUUUCUCUAAAAAGGCAUCUUUAAGAACUCACACAAGAACACAUACCGGGGAAAAACCUUUUGCCUGCAUAUUUUGUGGGCAAAGGUUCUCUCAGAAGGGAACCUUAACAAGCCACACUAGAACACACACUGGUGAGAAGCCUUUUUCCUGUAUGGUUUGUGGUCAGAAAUUUGCUCAAAAAGGUACCUUGACAAGUCACACGAGAACCCACACUGGAGAGAAACCUUAUGCCUGUUUAGAUUGUGGUGAAAGAUUCUAUCAGAAGGGUAAGGUUAAGAGACACAAGUGUGUUGGUGUCAAAAGAAGUCGUAAAUGAAAUGGAGCUCUGUCAGCGCAUUGAAUUGAUUCCAACUGGGCUGAUAUGGUUGUCUCGGUUCGGCUUUCAUUCCAGCAGAUUUCAUUAGUUCAUGCACCUCUUACCCGAGUGGGCUUCAUCCGUUCAUUGAGAAACGCAAGAUAGGACAGCUGUAACCUUGAAUUUUGAACUGUCAAUGUCACGUAAGAGAUUCGGAACAAUCCAGUUGCGAAUGAUUUAAUGUGCUGAGAAGGACAUGACUUAGAUGAACUUAGAGUAUCCACAGGCAUAGAUAUUUCAUGUUGAAACAAACAACUGUGACACUUGAUUUCGUAUUCUAUCACUUUUGUUUUUUUUUUUUUUUAAAUAUAUUCUAUGUAUUUUCUUGAAGGCCUCUUGGGGCCAAAUGUUGACAGCACUUUUGUUGAAAGAGUGAGAUCUGUAUCUUUUUCCAAAGUUUUUGUCAUGUCCAUAUCAAUCUUGUGAAUAUUGACUGAAAUCCAAUGUGAACAAUCUAUAACUGCUAGGGGUAAGAUGGUAAUGUAUGCGAUGUAUGAAGAAAAUGGAAUAUAGUUGUACAGUAUGUGUAAUAUACAACAAUAGAAAGAAUGUACGGAAAUAAAAGGCUGAA